CCGAGGUGACGAACAGACAGACAGUACAAGAGAAGUCGCAGACAGACGACGAGCUAUGGCGGUGAAUGUCUUCAGCACGAGUGCCACGUCUGAUAACUUAAGCAGGCAUGAUAUGCUUUCUUGGGUCAAUGAUAAUCUACAAACCAACUAUGCAAAAGUAGAAGAAUUAUGUUCAGGUAGCGUGUACUGUCAGUUCAUGGACAUGCUGUUUCCAGGAAGUCUUGCGAUGAAAAAAGUAAAAUUCGUUACUAAAUUAGAACAUGAGUAUAUAGCGAAUUUCAAGCUGCUGCAAACUUGUUUCAAGAAACUGGGUGUGGACAAGGUUAUUCCAGUAGAACGACUUGUAAAGGGACGUUUUCAAGAUAAUUUUGAGUUUUUACAAUGGUUUAAAAAAUUCUUCGAUGCAAAUUAUGGUGGAGGAGAUUAUGAUCCAGUAACUAGCCGACAAGGUCAGACUAUGGGAGGACCAGCAAAACCUGCAACACGGUCACCUGCCACAAAAACAUCAGCCAAACCAAGCAGAACAGUUCCAUCUGCUCAGACAAGAAGUCCAUCUGGUUAUGGUGCCAAACAGCCGACAGUGUCCCGUGCAAAUAAUCAUGCAACAGGAGACAAGAGCUCGGAGAAAGUAUCGGAGCUUACCCAAAGGAUUCAAGAUUUACAACUUACUGUGGAAGGCCUUGAAAAGGAGAGGGAUUUCUACUUCGGAAAAUUGAGGGAUAUUGAAGUGCUCUGUCAGGAACAUGAAGAUCAUGAAUAUAUAAAGGGGAUUAUGGAUAUCUUAUAUCAAACAGAGAGUUAAACUAUGUAUUGCAGGAAGGCUUUGCACCACCAGAAGACGAAGUUGGCAAUGACAUUGAUAAUGGAGAGGAAGAGGAAUAUUGAUUAAACUAUAUGUGUUUGAUGUAUAUAAUUAUGUGACCCAGCCCUCAUUACAUCCAACUUUUGGACUGAUAUAAUAUUGUAAUAUUUGUUUGAGGUCUGGGAAAGGCUGUAAGGAGGGAAAGGUCAACUGAGAGGGCUUUACGGAUUUCUUCAGAUACACACAUACAUACACACACUGAACGAACGUUAGAAUGAAUGUAAAGAAAGAAUUGUACUGUUGAUGCUAAAAGACCAAUACAAGGAAUCCAGUUUGAUGUGAAAACCGUUGGCCAGACAUAUUCUUGGAUAUGUUUCUACCUGUCUCUGUGCUAGGGCGUGAAAUAGUGUUGCUCAUUAUUACAUGAAUUCAGAAGUGUUAUAAUUAUACCUAGUGCUACAGCUUGCAAACAUGGUCAUUACUUAGUGUUUGUGGCAUGUUUUGUACAUUUUCUCACAAUUUUCAUCAGGGUGGUAUUUUUUUUUAUUAUUAUUAAAGAUUGAGAUCUGUUUUCUUCAAACAUUUUGAAAAUCAGUGUUUUGUUUUCUUGAAAGUCAAUGUUUUGUUGCUAAAUGCUUUUAAAAUUAAACACUGGUUAAAUUUAUCUGUAUUGUCCACACAGUUAAGGUUCUUGAUUCCCUUAUUGUUUAGGGAUUUUUUCUGCAUGCAUGCAUUAUUUCACUUAAUUACUUUUAAGUUUGAUCUUCUUAAAUGAUAAAAUGAAAUUAUAAGUGAAUAGAUUGUUUUGUUUUAUACAAUAUACCAAGUUUCACUUAAAGUUACAGAAUUAAAGAGAAUGAAUUGACAUACAGAGACUUCUCCAUACCUCAAUUUUCAAUCAACUGCUUGUUUACAGUUUUGUUUUUCUGUGUUUUUGGCUCCCUAUACAACCUGGUGAUAACAUACAUAGACUUAGAUUUACAAUAUUUGUGUGUCAGUGUUCAGUUGUUUGGGAAAGAAUACUAUUAUUAUUACUAUGUACAUGUAUGUAUGGAGUAGGAUACCCAGGAGAAUAUAGAACAUUCAAAGUGAAGCUUGAAGUGAUAACGUAAACAAUGUUGGAAAGAUGUAUGAUUUCAAACGGAACAUACUUGAGAGAAAAAAAAGCUUAUGAUAGGUGUUGUAAAUUGUUAAAACAGCCAAUAUUAAAAGUUUCUCUUUGAGAAAUCCACUGCUUGAUUUGUGAAUGUAAUGGAAUGAGAUCUACACCUCAUAAUAAUCUAAAUGUUUUCCAUUGGCUACAUUAUUAUGCUAUUGAAAAUACACCUAGUUGUAGUAAAAAAGAAAUGUGUUAUAAAAUCCUUUCCAGGAAAUGAUUUAGGGUUGGUUACAUUGCAGCCUGGCAUCAUUUUCGUGCUUGUAUGUAUUGUGGCUUGAUGAGAAUACAUCAUUUGAAGGGUUUUGAAGUGAUUUUCAUUAUAAUCACUUAAAUACCAGGCUUCACGGAAAUAGCAUACAAAUUUACCCUGAAGUUAUUUCAGUUGGUUUUAUACUUUUCAUACAAUUUUUCCUGUCUAUGAAGGAGGCAUGGUCAACUUUUUGGUCAAUGCAUAGUUAAACCGUUAAAUUAUGUAUAAUUUAAAUCAAAAUUAGGGUGUCAUUUAUAGUGCUAAUUGUUAAUAUUUAAAAUACAUUAUGCGUAUUUGUACUAUCAAAUAUUUCUAAUGUUUUCACAAUCAUAUGACUUUCCUACCUGUCAGGGUUUAAAGUGCUUAUAAUUAUAAUGUACUAAAUAUAUAUAAAGGCUCGUCAAGGCCUUCACGUUCUUAGAAAGGACCAUAUUUAGUAGUUAAACUUUGGAUAUGCAGAGUAUGAUAAAGCCAUUACAGGCAUACAAAGGGUUACAUAAUACAGCAUUAUAUUGUUCUUUUUAUGUAUUUUUUAUGAUAUGCACGUAAAGUAUACAGGUAUUUGUUUCCCAAAUGGUGAAACCUCUUUUUGAAGUCAAAGGUUAUACAAAAAUGUUCAAUUCAAACUAAAAAAUGAUUGUAGUAAUGAAUCUCGUUAUACGAUAUUCUAAAAUUUGUGUACAAAUUUUAAUUUCUUUACCAUUUGAUGGAAUAAUUUAAACUUCAACAACAUCCUGAUGGAGACCAAAAUUUACAAUGAUAGAUUUGUAUUUAUAAUGCCAGAGCAUUUCGUUCUGAACAGAAGUUUUAUUGAAUUCUCAGUAUUAUCAUUCGAUUAUCUUUUGGGUUUGAAAUGAAUUUCUGAUUUGCAAAAACUAUAGCCCAUAUUUACUCUUUUAUUAUUUUGCCAAAUUCGUUGCAAUUUAAUUUACUAUAAUCUGAAUACAUUUUGUAUCAUAUUUAAGUACUCAGUUUGUAAUUACUAUGUGUAUUUAUAUCUUAAUCACUAAAAAAGUAAAUUACUGUUUAGCAUGCAUAUAUUUGUUUAUCAGUUGAGAAAAAACCCUGUAUAAGUGUUAACCAAUUGUUGCCAAUAACAAUGUUUCUUUUGCAAAAAUUGUAAUACUUAAAUAGCCGAAAUGUUCAAAAAGAGGAUAAUAAAAAAAAAAUAACAUCAAAGCGAAAUAAA